AUGAACGAGCCGCAAGACCCUAUACUUGAGGCUGCGGCCGAGAUUGCUGCGAUUGCUAAACGCCUCGAGCAGGUUGAGCCCCCAUCUCCGGCCCUCACUUCACAAAACUGGAUCGGUGGGCUCCGACCGGGCGAUGGCGAUUCUGAUAUACACGAAGAUGAGGAUCAAGAUAAUGGUGGUCUCGAGGACAGGUGGACUGAUGCGCUGGCUGUCACUUCGGGCUACAACGAGCAAGAAUUCAUCCGUUUCUUUGACGAAAUUCAUGAUGAUAUUGUUGCAAAGUACCGCGCACCCAACCUUUUGCCAUGA